UCUUCCCCCACCUCUGAGGGAGCUCCAACACCGACAUGCCCCUCAGCCCGACCAGAGCCACAUGGUGCUGGGUUGGACUCAACAGCACCUGGCACACAUCGAACAGAGGAGGGUUGAUACACAGCAGGGUUUGAUAGUUCCCUGUAGUCAGACUCUCAUCAUCCGAGUUGAGCUGUCGCAGGUUGGUGGUGUAAAACACGCGGUCCGUGUCGUCCCACACGAACAGGUCUCCCCCCAAACAGAAGAAUCACCAUGGCGUUGAAAGAAACCGCUGGGCUGUACGAGACCCUCAAAACAGAGUGGAACAAGAAGAACCCGAACCUGAGUAAAUGUGGAGAACUGCUCACUAAACUGAAGAUUUCCUUACUGGAGCUAAACUUUUUACCCACCACUGGGUCCGCCCUGACCAAGCAGCAGCUCAUACUAGCUCGUGAUGUACUGGAAAUCGGAGCCUUGUGGAGUAUCCUCAAGAAGGACAUCCCAUCCUUUGAGAGAUACAUGGCACAGCUGAAAUGUUACUACUUUGACUACAAGGAUGAACUGCCUGAAGCUGCCUACAUGCACCAGUUACUCGGACUCAACCUGCUGUUCCUGCUCUCACAGAACCGUGUGUCCGAGUUUCACACAGAGCUUGAGAGAUUGAGUGCACGAGACAUUCAGACCAACGUAUACAUCAGACACCCGGUCUCCUUAGAACAGUACUUGAUGGAGGGAAGCUACAACAAGGUGUUCCUUGCUAAAGGCAACAUACCAGCUGAGAGCUACACCUUUUUUAUGGAUAUUCUGCUCGACACCAUUCGUGAUGAGAUCGCAGGAUGCAUAGAAAAAGCAUAUGAACAGAUCCAGUUUGGCGAAGCAACCCGUGUGCUUUUCUUCAGUUCUCCAAAAAAGAUGACAGAAUAUGCUAAGAAGAGAGGAUGGAGUUUGAGCCAAGAUGGCUAUUACUCUUUCACCACUCAGCAGCAGCGGACAGAAGAGGUGACCAUCCCCUCCACAGAGCUGGCACAACAGGUCAUCGAAUAUGCACGACAGCUGGAAAUGAUUGUGUAAUCCGCCCCCAGGAACACACUCAGCCAUGUACAGACACACUCAGAUACUCACGCCGCUGAUGCAGUAUACAUCCAGGCAGUUCAAACACAAUUUCCCUGAGGAUUAUGAAUGCAAUGUUUCCCAGAGUGGUUAACAAUUUGCCCAUACCUUGUAAAUCAAUUACCAUUUCUUUUCUCUGGAUGUCCUCACAGUUUUUCUUUUAGUUCCAAAGAUUGAAAAACUCAGAUUGCCACAGGAGAACAGUCCACUCAGCAAAUGUAACACAUCUACCUGUGAAUUGAGCUUGUUAUGGGUGAUAUCAGGCUGGUGGACCUCCCAUCUUUCUUGUCCAUACUUUGUGUGAUACGUUUGAGUCUGGGCUGUUUUUACAAGUUCACUAUCACCACCCUAUGUCUUUGCCUUACAGUGUCACAAAAAAAACUAUCAAUAAAAACAUGAAUAUUUCCAAAUUUAAGCAAACUCUUUUUGUACACAAAGUUCAUUUUUCCCUUCGUAGAGCUUGCAGAAAUGUAUUACCCUUGCCUUGUAUCCUAGCAACUGACAGAAUUGCCAUUGAAGUUUGUGUUUGUUUUUUUUUAACGGUAAUGCCUCUUCCUCCCUAGAUGGUUUAUAAUCCAGUUGAUCUCACAAUGCAAAUCUUUGUCUGCAAUAAGUGUUACAGAAAAUAAACUUUUUGAAUGACUAUA